GCAGCUGCGCCUCGCCUGUGACACGGAGCGUGUCGGCUCCCCAGGCAGCCUGGGCUAAUGGCAUGCCGUGCUCCAGGCCCGAUCUUUUUUGUAAGGUUACCAAAGUCUAACUGCGCGCAGUUGUGCUGUUUAAAUUUUUUCUUAAAAUGAAAUAAAUCCAAGCUGCAACAAAGUGAUCGUUCUCUGGCUUCAAGUUUCUCUGUUACUAAAUAACACAGAAAAAUAGUUACAAUAGCGUUGGUGGCACUAGAAUCGGAGGAAGUUUGCAGUUCUGCCUCCCGCUAUGAACGUACCGAGUGUGUGCCAGGCUGGACUGUACCCACUGAUUGUGAAUUAGACUACGGUAGUGAUGGACUUGAUUAUAACUCACUGCAUGGAUGAAGUGAAAAAAUACUGAUUGUGCAGUCAAAGUAGAGACAAUAGACUUGAGGAGUCGUGUCUUCUGGAAUUGAAAGUAAAUGGAAUGGGAUCUGUUAAUUUGCAUUGUUGCAAAAAUUAUUUGGCUCUCUUAGGUUCCCUCUUCUGUCACAAGUAUAAAGGAAAUCGUUUUGGAAUAUGACAGAAGAAUUAAUUUCUAUUCUAUGGAACGAUCUCUCUUGGUUGCUUAUUCAUAUUGUUAGGAUAGGCCAGCCUUGGGACAAGCUGUUGAGCUUAACUAAAGAGUGUAAAUCCUAUUGAGAGUGAGCAGGUCUAUUUAUUAUUAAUCAAAGUUAUUUAUGAAAGAUACAUAUGACAGUCUAAUUCACAGUAAAGUCAAACAUUGUGGGAAUCAGGAGUUUACAAGAGGAUACAGUUAGAGCUCAGAGAGUGAUUUUUUCAUUCAGGCAUCAAGUUACUGGUAUAAAUAUAAAGCAAAAAUACAAGAGAAAAUGUGAGUUUGCAUUUUAGAAAAUUUAGACUGUUGAGUCAGAAUUCUGACAAAGUCAAACUUUGGGUAUGUGCCUGCUUAGGAAGCUAGUGAUGAAUGUAAAAAACCCAGGAGAUGUUUCUAGUUAAUGCUGAUCAAUUCUGAUCUUGUAUUUGUUUAUGACGUGGUUUUGUUUCUUUUUGUUCCUACAAUAGAUAGCACUCCCUUAUUCAGGAUUCCAUGUACCAGAACUGCGGAUGUCAAAAGGCUUUCUACUGCAGUUAUUUCAACAAAUCAGUGUCAAGCUGCAUAUAUUAUCUAGCUCUUAUAUAUUUAUAUUUUGGUGAACAUCUGUGUUCUAUUCUGAAGAGACUAACAGGUGCUAGUAAUGUAAAGCCAUUGGAUGGUGUGAAAAUUCUUGAUUUAACAAGGGUUCUUGCAGGACCAUUUGCCACAAUGAAUUUGGGAGAUCUAGGGGCUGAAGUUAUCAAAGUGGAAAGACCAGGGGCUGGUGAUGACACAAGAGCCUGGGGUCCACCUUUUGCUGGGACAGAAAGCAUUUAUUUUCUCAGUGUUAAUAGAAAUAAAAAGAGUAUAGCUAUCAACAUGAAGGAUUCAAAAGGAGUAAAGCUAAUCAAAGAGCUUGCAGCAGCAUCUGAUGUUUUUGUGGAAAACUUUGUCCCUGGGAAGCUGGCUGAAAUGGGUCUAGGUUAUGAAGAUAUUAAAAAGAUUGCUCCUCACAUAGUGUACUGUUCAAUAACAGGUUAUGGUCAGACUGGUCCAGUGGUUCAGAGAGGUGGAUAUGACUCCAUUGCUGCUGCUGUUUCUGGUCUCAUGCAUAUCACAGGGCAUGAGGAUGGUGAGCCAGUUAGACCAGGAGUAGCAAUGACGGACCUUGCUACUGGGUUGUUUACAUAUGGAGCAAUUAUGGCUGGUUUACUUCAGAGGUAUAAGACGGGAAAAGGACUACACAUUGACUGCAAUCUCUUGUCAACUCAGGUUGCAUGUCUCACUCAUGUAGCAGCUAAUUACCUUAAUUGCAAAAUUGAAGCAAAACGCUGGGGUACUGCUCAUGGGAGUAUUGUUCCAUAUCAGGCAUUUAAGACCAAGGACGGCUACAUCGUGGUGGGAGCUGGAAAUGAUCAUCAGUUUGUCACUGUGUGCAAGAUCCUGAAUUUGCCUGAAGUUAGUAAAGAUUCCAGAUACAAAACGAAUACACUCAGAGUCCAGAACAGAAAAGAACUCAUUGAUAUAUUGUCAAAACGGUUUUCAGAAAAAGCGACGACUGAGUGGUUGCAGCUCUUUGAAGGGAGCGGGGUUCCAUACGGCCCGAUCAACAACAUGCAGCAAGUGUUCUCAGAUCCUCAGGUACUGCACAAUGGACUUGUGAUGGAAAUGAAUCAUCCAACAGCUGGGAAGAUAGCUGUUCCAGGACCAGGUGUCAGAUACAGUGAAUUUGCUGUGUCACAUCCAAAACCACCUCCACUUGUUGGACAACACACAGUGGAGAUACUGAAGAGCAUGCUGGGGUAUGAGGAUGACGCUAUAGAAGAACUGCUUCGCACUGGUGCUGUGGCUCAGCAUGAGGUCAGAUAAGGAACAUUAGCUACAUUCCUUCACACUGAGUUCACAUUACUUUGUCCUCUCUUUGCUCCCUUCAGUUUCCCUAAUGGGACUCAAACAGAAGACAUAAUUUAAUUCCUAAUUUUCUUCCAUGUGUGUUUGUAUGAUUUUAACACUGAUGUAUCAAAUAAACAAUCUCAUUCUGUC